UGCCGAGUCGUCACGACAUCGUUUUUCCUUUUCUUCUUCUUCAUCUCUCUCUGUACGCACAGCUUCCUAUCUCUAUAUCUCGCCGCUUUUUCUUUCUCAAUCCUCUCGUUGUAUCUCUGAUUGAAGAAACUCACCAGGUCUAUCUCUUCUUCUUUCUUCUGUAUCCACUCGCACGUGUGGAUGUAUGUGUAUUUUCGUCUGUGUACGCGAUUUUGAAGGACUCAAAUUUGUUAUUGCUUUGCAUUCUUCUUUGGUGAUUGUUUGAUUGAUGUGGUUUAAUUAUUCGAUCUGAAAGUUUCCAACUUGUAUUUUAUAGGUUAUGGGAUCCGGGAAUAGAAGCUCAUAGAAAUGAAAUAAAGCGCAAUAAAUAGGGGCUUUUGUAGAAUUGGACCGAUCUAGGGUUUUUUCAGUGGCUUGAUCGGGGAAUUAGGAAGUAUUAUCAGGGUUUUAAAUAAGGUAACCUAGAGUUUCUGGGGAUUGUGAAUGAGGCAUAGGUACUGGCGCUUGGAUUGAGGUGUACAUUUGAGGGCGAAUCGGAAGAAUUUGACGCUUGAAUUUGGGGAAAAUGCAAAAUACCUUGCUUUAUUAUGCAUGGGAGGGUCAAGCGGGACAGCGAGAGCUGUAAGAGUUUAAGGAGGAGUCACAGUCAGCACAUGCGGCCAGUCCUUCCAUCGGCGACAAAGGUAACUGCCGCAGGUUAUAAUCAUUCUCCUAUUGCUUCUUCCAUCACGACCUCCACCACUGGCGAUUCGUUCUUCAAGGACGGUCGCAAAAUUACUGUUGGUGAUUGUGCUCUUUUCAAACCUCCUAAAAGUUCCCCUCCAUCCAUUGGAUUAAUUCGUUGGUUAGCAUUUGACAAAGAAAAGAAAUUGAAGCUAGGUGUGAAUUGGCUUUAUCGAUCAUCUGAGCUGAAGCUGGGAAAAGGCCAUCUGUUGGACGCCGCACCAAACGAAAUUUUCUAUUCCUUUCACAAGGACGAAACUUCUGCUGCAUAUUUACUCCAUCCAUGCAAAGUUGCAUUUCUUCCUAAAGGCGUAGAACUUCCUGUGGGGACUGCUGCUUUUGUUUGUCGACGAGCCUAUGACAUUUCAAACAAGCGUUCGUGGUGGCUAACUGAUCAAGAUUGCUUUAAUGAGCAGAAAGAAGAGGUAGAUCAGCUUUUAUUCAAAACUAAGACAGAGAUGCAUGUGACUCUCCAGCCUGGUGGUCGUUCCCCAAAGCAAGUUAAUGGUCCAACUUCAACUUCACAACUCAAAUCUGCUUCUGAUGAUGGUCAAAAUAAUGGGAAUUCUUUUCAUUCUCAAGCCAGGGGAAAGAAGAGGGAAAGAGGUGAUCAUGGUGCAGAUCCUGUCAAAAGAGAAUGUUCUUCAUCGAGGAUUGAUGAUGGUGAUCUAGUUCAGUUGAAAAAUGAGAGUAGUUUGAAAAAUGAGAUUGCUCGAAUAACAGAAAAAGGUGGAGUUGUUGAUUUUGAAGGGGUUGAUAAGCUCAUCCAGUUGAUGCAACUGGAUGGAAUGGAUAGAAAAAUAGAUUUGGUAAAUGGAAUGGAGAGAAAAAUAGAUUUGGCAAGCCGUUCCAUGCUUACCAGUGUAAUGGCUUCCACUGAGAAGGAUGACUGCCUUAAUCGCUUUGUGCAACUCAAGGGUUUACCUAUUUUGGAUGAAUGGCUACAGGAUAUUCAGAAAGGGAAAGUCAUGGAUUGUAGUAAUCUAAAGGAUUGUGAUAAAUAUGUGGAAGAAUUUCUGUUGAUUUUACUUAGUGCGCUAGAUAAACUGCCAGUUAAUCUUCAUGCCCUGCAAAUGAGCAACAUUGGCAGGUCCGUGAAUCAUUUACGAACACAUAAAAAUGCAGAAAUUCAGAGAAAAGCACGAAGUUUAGUUGACACAUGGAAGAAACGUGUUGAGGCUGAAAUGAACAUGAUUGAUGCAAAGUCUGGCUCAACCCAAGCUACAGAUGCAUGGCCAUCCAAAUCACGUCUCCCUGAUGCCUCUCAUGGUGGAAGAAAAACCCCUAGUGGGUCUGAUAUUGCCAUGAAAAGCUCAAUUUCUCAAAAUUCUGCUGCCAAAACUACUUCAGUUAGAUCUUCACACGGGGAAAGUAUCAUAAAGUAUGCAUCCUCUUCUCCUGGGGCUGUGAAACCUGCUACGACAUUUUCUUCUGGAAAGGAUAACCAACCCAUCGCUUCUGUUGGAGGCAGUGCGGAUGCUCCUCAAAUUAGGGAGGAUAGGAGCAGUAGUUCUUCUAACCAGUCUCAUAGUUAUGAUCAGUCUGUCUCGGUGAAGUAUGAUACGAAAAGUUCCACUUCAGCUUUGGCUACUGUUAAUAAGAAUUCAAGUAGUAGUGCUCGUAAUCGAAAACUUAGUGGUUCUCCAAGGUUAUCAGCAUCUGUAAAUCAAAAAGAGAACUCCUGCAAAGUUUCUUCAGCACACAACAAUGCUGCUUUGGAGAAAUUGUCUCAGUCCUCAUUAACAAAUGAGAGGGUUGUUGAGGGGCCCAUCUACGAAGGGAGCAGUCAUAAACUAAUUGUUAAGAUACCAAACCGAGUAAGAAGUCCUGCCCAUGGCAUGAGUGGAGGAUCCCUGGAAGAUCCUACCUUAAUGAGCAUCCGAGCUUCUUCUCCUGUUCUUAUGAACGAAAGCGAGCAGGCUGAUCAUGCUUCAAAGGAGAAGAGUGAUGCAAAUUGUUGCAUUGUUGCUGCAGGCACGAAUGCAUGGCAAAAUAAAGAUCCACGAGUUGAAUUUGAUGGAAAGCAGAGUAGUGAGUCACCUGCUGUUCUUUCUGGUGAGGAACAAGGCAUGGCCUCUGAAGACUCCAAGAGAAUAGUAGAGGGACUUCCAACAGACCAAUUAAAUUCAGAAAAAGUACACAAAUCUUCUUUUAGCCCUAUGAAUGCAUUAGUUGAGAGCUGUGCAAAAUAUUCAGAAGCAGCCUCGUCCUUAUCACUUGAAGAUGAUGUUGGAAUGAACUUACUUGCUAGUGUGGCAGCUGGAGAAAUGUCUAAAUCUGAUGUAAUUUCUCCUGCUGAUUCUAUGGAAAGAAGUGUACAUGUGGAUGAGGAGGUUUGUGUUGGUGAUGAGGCAAAAUCCGAGUCUACUCCUGAGGAAUGCUCUUUGGUGGCGCAAACACAGUUCAGUGAAUCUGACUGUGAUGGAAAGAAACAGGCUAUUGCACCAGUUGAGAUUUCCGGUGAUCGAAAGAGUGUUGCUUCUCAUUCUUCCGAAGGUAUUGAUGCUGGAGACCAAGUAAAAGAAAUUAGUUCAACUAACAUAGAUUUGAGAAAUAGUAUUAUUGACCAUGACUCGGAGUCUACUCGGAAGCCAAAUGAAAAUACAGGAAACAGUGAUGAUACAAGUGAAGGAGUCCACAAGGAGAAGGCUGCUAUGGAUAAUGGUUCUACUAGUAACUUGAACUGUAGACAUAGCCGAGUGGAUGUCCUGGUACCUGAAGAAGAACACAGUGAUCUUUCAAGAGUUGGUGAGUGUAAGCCAUUGGUUCAUGUAGCAGGAUCAAAGCCAAAGCCAACUGAUCAAGGUGAAUCCGGUAAGGUUGUAAAUGAAGGAUUGAACAAGACAGAUGCAGAACAGAAGCUGACUGCUGCAACUGUUCAGUCCGGAAUUGCGGAAACAGCUAACUGUGAAAAUCUACUCCAAGCUGAAAGUGACCGGAUAUUACUGCCAGAAGCUGAUGAUGCAGAGAAAGUCGGAGAACUCAAUUAUGGGGCUGCAAAUAGUUCUGCAAGCAAGUCUGGAAGACUGAACAUUGAUAAGGAAGUGGAAAAGGAUGCAGCUGAUGAAAGUCAUACCAUGUCUGAUUUGUCUUCCACAUCUCAUGAUCUCAACUGUCAUCAUGUAGAGGAUAAUGUAGAAAACCAGGUGAUUCCAAAUCAUCUAUCAGUGCCUGAGAGCAGAUGUUCUGAUGCAGCAGAGAAUGAAGCUCAGGGGGAAGCUGACUUGAGAAGAUCCAAGUCUGGGAGCAUUCAGCCAGAAGAGGCUAACAAAUAUGCUCCCAGUGGUUCUGGCACUGCUUCUCCCGCCGCAGGAGAAACAGGUCCAGGUACAAAAUUGAAGUUUGACCUGAAUGAAGGUUUUUGUGCUGAUGAUGGGAAAUAUGGGGAGUCCAUUACACCAACAUCCUCAGGGCCAGCAACUGUUCAGCUCAUUAACUCAUUACCAUUUUCGGUGAAGUCUAUCCAAAGUGGCCAUUCUGCCUCCAUUACUGUAGCUGCAGCUGCAGCUGCCAAAUGCCCAUUUGUUCCUCCACAGGACUUAUUGAAAAGUAGAGUGGAACUUGGUUGGAAGGGUUCUGCUGCCACCAGUGCAUUUCGACCUGCUGAGCCCAGAAAAGUUCAUGAAACCUCAUCAAGUCCGACAAGUUUGUCUUGCCCUGAUGUUUCUUCCACUAAACAUGAGCGCAUCCCUUUGGAUAUUGAUCUAAAUGUUCCAGAUGAAAGUGUUCUGGAGGAAAUGACUUCUCAUGGUUGUGGUGGCCUGGAUCUUGAUUUGAACACAGUUGAUGCAAAUGAUGCUGUGCACUGCUCAGCCAGCAGCAAUCCUAAAGGCAAGGUAUCUGCACUGCAGGCUAAACAUUUAGAUAGUUUGCAUGUUUGGAGGGAUUUUGAUCUCAACAAUGGACCUUUAGCCGAUGAUGGUAGUGCUGAGGAGUUUCCAUUUAUUAAUCAGCUAGUUAACGGUGGUACGUCUCAGUUGCCUUCUGCUGGUCUUAGAACAAACAGUUCAGUUAUGGGCAAUUUCUCAUCUUGGUUUCCUCCUGGAAAUGCGUACUCAACAAUGGCAAUCCCAUCAAUGUUACCCGAGCGAGGGGAGCAACCCUUUUCUGUUUAUCCACCUGGUGCGGCCCAGAGAACAUUUGAGCCUACUGGUGUUGCUCCAUAUAACCGUGAGGUGUUCCGUGGAUCAGUAUUAUCAUCAUCGCCUGCAGUGCCAUACCCAUCCAGUCCUUUCCAGUUACCUGUAUUUCCUUACGGAACCUCCACUCCUCUCCCAUCUACCACAUUUUCUGUUGGGGCAGCCUCAUAUUCAGAUUCUUCUACUGUAAGGCCUUUUGCUUCUCCAGUGAAUUCACAAUAUCUAGGACCUGUUGUUUCAGUGACAUCACCUUUUCAGAGGCCAUUCAUGGUUACCUUUCCUGGCAUUAGUAAUAACAGCAUGGUAGAGAGCAACAGGCAGUGGAGUAGACAGGGUUUGGACCUUAAUUCAGGCCCUGGACCUCUGGAAAGUGAUGUCAGGGAGGUGAUGUUGCCUCUUUCGUCUGUCCAGCAUGCUGUUUCCACUUCACAAGGUCUAGCAGAGGAUCAGGCUAGGAUUUUUUCCAUUUCAGGCAGUAUUUUGAAAAGGAAGGAGCCCAACGGAGACUGGGAUAAUGAGUCAUUCAGACGCAAGCAGUCUUCAUGGCAGUAGAGUAUAAACAUCUGGAACAUAACAAUUUGUAGAAUCCUGAGGCUGUCAAUGUUGAGGUGAAGUGCUGGUUCUCAUCAGUGUUACUGUCACUGUAGUUUCGGAAGCCAAUUUACUAUCAUCUUCAUGAUUUCUCUUGUGAGGACUGAUGGUUUGCUAGUAGGUCUUUAAUGUCCAAAUCCUGCUCCCAGCUACUCUUUCUAGGCAGCAUAUAUACUCAUGCCUUCUGUAGAUAUUCUUACUGCAAAAAAACAUAAACUUCUGGCGCCUAGGUACUGAAGGUCGUAAUUAAAAGUAGUUUUGGUACGACGUCCUAACCUUUUCCGAGGAAGCUAGUCUUAGUACCGAGGGAACUGAAGCCCUUCGGAAUUUGAACUUGCCUUAAAUUUUUCCCCUUUAACAUCUUCAUAUCCUUAUUUUCCCCGUUCAUCGUAAUUAUGAUACAAUUUUUUAUUAUCUUGCCUCGUUCUAGUAUUGUGGGUCUGUACACUGCCUUUUCAUUGUAGUGCAGCCAUACUCAAAUACCUGUCAUCUUUGUGCUGAUGAAGAAAUUUUGAUUGCAACCAUGUGAUGAUUUCAUAUUGGAUGAUGGGACUAUAGAUGAAUACAGAUGAAUAUACUCUUCCGUAACUUAUUACA